UUGAAUCAGUUCGAAAGUAGACUCGCGGUUGUUCGGACGCCAAACGCCGUGAAUGUAAACUAUACAUACAUUUCGGAUUACUAAAUUAAAUUCGAAAAUUUUAAUUGCUUUCUUUCCAAACAGUGGAAUUUUAUUAGUGGCCAGUGUUGUGUUUUGAAAUUGGAAAUUGUUACGUUUUGUGCAUGCAACUUUGAAUUGGAUACCGUAAUAAAUACUUGAUUUGAUCAAUUCUACUGGAUUGUUUAUUGUAUGACCUCAAGUAAAAUGUUCUCUCAGUAACGAUAUGGAUCCGCUUACGUGGUUGUCACUCGGUCUGCAACUGGCAGCGUUGUGCUCCAUCGUUGGGGCCCUGCUGUUGUAUCUACUUAGGAAGGUGCGAGUGGCUGAAGUACUCCCAGUAGAUAGCGCCAAAACAGUAUUGGUCACUUCUGUGGACACCGCGCUUGGUUUACAGAUAGCAACAUAUUUGAGCGACCGCGGGUGGCGAGUGAUCGCUGGAUGCCGGCAAGGUGGGCUUGGAGCUCGACUUGCUGAAUCUUGGCUGCAGGCACACGCGGCAGCCACUCCUGAAGACCAGCCCCCGCCGAGGUUGGCCACGCUCGAACUGGACGUGGCCCGUGAAGACUUGUUAGAGGAAGCCGCGAGGGCUACAGCUCAACAUUUGCCUGCUGGCGAACAUGGUAUAUGGGCGGUAAUUAAUACCGCAGGAAGCAGCGGUCGCGGAGGUGCUGCCUGUUGGGAAAGCGCAUUGCGCGGUAACGUGCUCGGUGCUCUGCGGGUGGCGCGCACUUUUUCCCCACUUCUAGCUGCCGCCGCUGCUGAUCAUCCUCACGCUGGACGACUUUUCUACAUAGGACUGACAUCAGACACAGCUUGCGAAAGCCUUUCGCGCUUAGAGUCGUGCGAUACGAGCGAGCUGAGCGCAGGCGCUGCUGCGGCGCGGUGGGGCACGUGGGGUGCUGCGCGCGCGCUCCGAGCCGGACUCCGGGCGCGCCGCCUGCACGUCGUGCUACUGCACGCGCCCGAUCUCUCUGCUGCCGAGAUAUACGCACCGCCUGUGCAGCUUGUGCCACCGAGCUUACCUUCCAGUCGACCAGAGACUCCUAGUUCCGAAGUGAGUGGCAGCACUGCCACCUGCGCCGUCACCAUGCCCGGUGAAGCUGCUGAAUACAGCGCAAAGGUCUUACCAACCAGUGCGCUUAAAAUUCUUGAGGAUGCGUUGACAACGCCCGCCCCUAGAGACUCCUACUAUCUGAAGAUGAAACACGACUCUUGGUUCACAAGAUUACCCUCAUUAAGGGUUGCGUGAAGGAUCCACGUCUCCCUACUAAAUCGCCGCCUUGUAUUAUAGCGUAAAAUCACUGGAUAAAGAAAAUGGGUGCGGAAGUGUAUAAUCAGGCUUGUUUAUAUUAAUCUUUCAGUUGCUUUUUUUAAAUACAUAUUUCUAUUAGCUUUGGUCAUGAUACAAUUUGUCUAAUUACGUAUAUAGAUAAGUUUUCCAACCUUCUAACCUUUUUAUCGAUCAACUACUACAAGACGAAAUAUAAUUCUGUAUAUUAUGUACGUAUACAUAUACUGUUUUUUAUUGAUAUAUGUAUGCUUUAUUAUGAUGUAGGCUUCCUACGCUUAGAGGAGCAAUUUUUUUAAUCCUAAAAAGUAGGAGACCACGGUGGUGGCUAAAUAUAAUGGUACUUAUGUAAUUAUGUGCAUGUAAUUUAGCUAUUUUUGUAUUUUUUUUUGCAUUACUUAAUAAAAUAUAAUAAUAAUACUUAUUAAAGAACGUAUAAUCUGGUCAUAAGAAGAAACAAUGUGUACAUACGUAUUUAUCCUUUUGUGUUUUAGAUUUUUUAAUUAUUAAGGUUUGUGACAACGUAAUGAAAAACAUACUCAUACAUAAAUAGCUUAAGUUGUCGUUUUGUCUUUUCAUGGUUUGUAUGGGCAAUAAUAUCGACCUGCUCAUCCCUUCAUCCAGGCACGGGACGGCGGAUGCAUUGUGAUUGUGCCAAAUCUUUAUAUGUACGGUAUCCGAUAAAGAAUAACUAAUCCAUAUAGUUUUAUAAGUUUGUCUAUUGUACCUAACAUACCUUUCAACUUUUAGGAAGGUGAUGGGUUAUUUUCUACAUAUUUUAAAAUAUAUUAAGUACCAUGAAUAUAUUCAAAUUUUAUUCUAUUGUCACUUUUUAUUAUUACGUAAAUCUAAACAUAUUCUACCUAUAUUUAGUGCCAAUGGUAAUAAUCAUUGUCUUGUUUUUUUUGGUACGUAAGCUUUAUAUCCAGUGACGCCAAUAUAAUAAAAUAACUUAUAACUGUUUCAUAUAAGUCUCUGUAUAGAUUCAUUUCAAAAUGAAAUACGGUUUGAACUUAUACUAUGUAAAUAAUUUUUAUGUUGAUUAUUAAAUCCCUUUAAAUGAAAUGUGUUUUCUUUCUGU